AUGGUUGAUGUUUUUCUAUUCGGGAUUUUCACUGUACUUGCAAUUUUCUGGAUUCUUAGAAAGAAUGGACGGAAAGGAAGAAGGAUUCCUGGUCCUAAAGGUCUACCCUUGGUGGGUUGCGUUCUAGAAGUGAAAGAAGAAAAUAUUCACACGAAGUUCUCCGACUAUGCGCAUGAGUACGGUGACAUAUUUCAAUUCAAACUAAUGAAUGACACUAUUAUUGGUCUGAAUUCUGAACAUUUAAUCAGACUGGCCUACGCGCAAGAUGGAUAUAAGGAAUACCUUAACGACAAGCCGGCAACUUUCUACGCGGAAAUGUUACUCUAUGGCUCUCAAAGUACGGAGUUCUGUAAGGAUGGAUAUAGUGCAGAGCAUACUGCUUAUAGAAAAGGUUUUACGAAUGUAAUGAAAAUUUAUGGAGCCGGAAUCGACUCUUCCAUUGAGGAAAUGUUUAUGACAGAAAUAAAGAGGGGACUGAUGAAGAGAAUUGAAGAUUACAAUGGCAAAUAUUUCGAGAUCGCUUACGAGCUAAAACGUUCACUAGCAAACACGUUGUCCUGCUUGUUUAAAGGCGAACCUUUCAACGACAAUGACCCAAAUGCUAGCAUCUUUGACGAGUUUUGUGAUUGUGUAGACUAUUUUGGAAAUGCAAGUGUCAACAAUGUUUUGACAACGUUGCCUUUCCUUCGUUACAUGCCGGGACCUUACGGAAAACAGUUUGCUAAAGCUCUGAAGACAAGAGAAACUAUUAUCGAUAUUUUUUUCAAGGAACAAAAGGUGAGAAAUACCCUGAAUGUCACAGUACACCUUGCAUAA